UGUAAUUACAUCGUCCAGAGGCAGUAAACAGUGAGUGGAGUGGGCAGGCUUGUGUGUGAUCAUCAUCAUCUUCCGUCACUCUGGAUCCACCAUCAUCCACAGGCCCGACCCGUGCAGGAGGCUGAGGCGCGUUCAGGGACCAGAGACGGGAUCAGGCGAGCACACAUUGAUCCCUGCAGCACCGACCUUGCCACAGUGUCACCAUGGGCUCCUCCACCACAUCUGCCGCCCUGCUGUGUCUCCUGGCGGGGGCUCUCGCUGCCAUUCAGACCCCCCAGACAGUGUUUUUGGAUAAGCAGCAGGCGAGCACCGUGAUCUCCCGUCAGAAGAGGAAUGUCGACGGCAGUAACCCCAGCCGGUCUUCCAGCCUGGAGCAGGCUUGCAUGGAGAAAGUGUGCACCUACGAGGAGGCCAGGAAGUUCUUCCAGGACUCGUACCGCACGGAUAUCUUCUGGUCCGUCUACAUUGAUGGAGACCAGUGUGCAGAGAAGCCCUGCAAGAAUGGAGCGCUGUGUUCGGACAGCGUGGGAGGCUACGACUGCGUCUGCAAGUCGGGUUUCACGGGGGUCCACUGUGAAAGCGACCAGACGCUGUGCAUCCUGGAAAAGAACAAGGGCUGCACCCAGUUCUGUAAACCAGACUACACAUCCUACCAGUGUUCCUGUGCCCGUGGAUGGAAGCUCAGCCAAAGGGACAGGAAUAAGUGUGAGCCUGCAGUCAGUUUCCCCUGUGGUAAAGUGAACAGUCUGAGUCGUUGGGAUGACAAACAGUCCAGCAACACCCGCAGCAACUUUGAGGGAGUUAGCUGUACUUCCACUGAGUGUCCCUGGCAGGCUCUCCUGAAGAGUUCAGAGUCGACAGGCUUCUGCAGCGGAGUCAUUCUGAAGGAGAACCUGGUUUUGACCUCAGCUCAGUGUGCAAACAAAUACAGCUCCUUCCAAGUGGCUGUCGGCAAAAGCAACACCAACUUUCAAGACGGAGAGCAGACACUGUACGUAAAAGUAGUUCACGUUCACCCGCGCUAUGUGGAGGGUCGUCCUGAGAAUGACCUGGCUGUCAUCGAGCUCCGCGACCGCAUCAUCUUUAAGAAAAAUGUAAUCGCUGCCUGUCUGCCAGAACGGGACUUCGCUGAGAGCGUCUUGUUGAAAGGCGAGCUCCCCGCCGUGGUCACCGGCUGGAAAGAUCCCCAACAGGUAUCUGCUUUCGAGGGCCCGCUCACCCUUAACCACUUGGUGUACCACCAACUGACUCAGUGUCUGGAGAAUCACGCCAACCUGAUGACCAAUAAAAUGGGCUGCACUGUCCCUCGGGCCAAUGCCGACUGCACCAUGAGCUCCGGCAGCCCCUUGCUCACCCUGUAUAGGGAUGUGUUCUUUCUCACCGGGGUGGUGAGCCAGCCGCCGGGGGCCGAGUGCGCCAAAGGCUACAUCUUCCAGAAAGUGUCGCGCUACCUUGGCUGGCUGCAGCCGCUCAUGAGCUCCCGUUAGAUCGGGUAGUCAGGGAGUAUAUAUAAUAAAAACAGGGAAUAAGGGGACUAUUUCCAUGUGUGCACUUCAAGCUCAAUCUUUUCAUUAGUUUUAUCUUUUUGUCUUGUAUUAGUACCAUUCAUCAGUUGUAAAUAAUAUCUUACAUAUACAAAUAUGCAUACACACAUACAGCAUCAGUCUCAGUCGAGGUGAUUGCUUUUCAUUCCUCUACAUGUACUUCCUCAUUUUUCCACAAGGUGGCUCUCUGUUAACAUAAACAGAGCAACUCUUACUGCAUGUGACCACCAAACACUGGCCAAAUGCAGCAGCGAGAGAUGGAGUGAAUUAUUCAACAUAUGCUUUGUGACGCGGUCAAAGCUUUUAAUAACCUUAAGUUGAUGUUGCUUUUUGUGACUGCUGUUCCUGGCUGACAUGCUCUAUGUAACAUUCCUGGUAAUCACUGUUCUAUGAAUGUAAUAAACCCACAUAACCACCUCA